ACAUCCCAUAGUCGCCGUGGAAAAUAGAAGGCCAACAUCAGAUAUAGAAAUACGAUGAAAAUUGCAAAUCAUGUGAUUGUUCUGAGAGGAACAGUCAGUCAUGACCAUGACUGUUCUGAAAAGUAUUAUGCUUACAAGAGCAUUUAAGCGGCCAAACCAUAGGUUUCAGAUAAUCAUGCCACUUUUAUACUCUUUACAAGAUCAAUGCUUAGCAUUGGCAAAACGGGCAAAAUAGAUUCUAGAAAAAGAGAUACGCCUCAGAACUGAAACCGAAGACUUACGCGUAUUUUCGGUUUCGUUUGAGUGGUAACGUUUUAAUCACUUUAUUGAUAUAAUUUCUUUCUUUUAUAGUCGCGAUAAAGAUAUAUAAACGUAUUGUAUGCAUUUUAUUGAUUUUAUUUAUUAAGUUUUAACAACUAUGACAAUGGACAAUAACAACAAAAACAAAUAUUUCUCUAAUCAUGGCGGUCGGCGAUCGCUCGGUUCAAAACACUGGGUAAACAUAACUAGGCUUCAGCGAGAUCGUCCCCAUUUACGCAAAGUUAUUUAAAAACAUGGUUUGAGACACAUUUCCGAUGGCAGAAUGAAUCUCCACGAUGUUCUGAGCGAUCUCAUCAAAACGGUCAACGCAGGUUCGUUUUCCGCUGCCUUCAAUGCCCUCGCUGAAAUCAGCAAGCUAUGCAGGAAAGACACCACAGCUGUGUCGAAGUUUUGCGAUUUAAAGGGCAUUAUCACGCUCCUAGGGCUUAUUGAGAAGCCCAAAUUCUCCGAUAUCACCCUCAGCAUCCUCGCCAACUGCUGUUUGGUCGACAAGGUCCGGGAAGAGGUCAUAAGAAAUAAUGGUGUCCGAAGCAUUGUACGGAUCCUCUCCUGUAUCGAGAAGGAAAGCAUCAGGAACAGAGCUUGCCGUGGGCUGGCGAACAUUGCCCUCACAAGUCGGGGUGCCAGGGAACUGCACCGGUGUGAGGCGACGCAGCACAUUGCGGAACUGCUAACCUCGGCCAAGCUCAAGGACACUCAGCUCACUGCACUGCGUGCCCUCAGGAUCUUGGCGAACAUCCCCAACUGCCGGGACGACCUCGUGAAACACAAGGCGCCCGCCGCCAUUGCCAAGCUGCUGUUGACGGAACCAUUGCAGAAGUUCGCACUCCAAGCGCUCACCACUGUCACCCAGUCAUGUUCUGUGGAGUGUGCCAUGCAGGUGAAAGAGGCGGAUGGGUUCAAGUUUCUGGAAGAGUUACUAUCUGCCUCGGAUACAACUCUGCUGGAAGGCGCAUUUGUCCUGCUCGUAAACCUCUCUGUGGUCGAAGAUGUACGUCCAGACCUGGGAGCCGUGGGAGCUGUCACUUCUCUUGUGGCCCAGUUGAAUGACUACACAUUGUCCAAGCCCAGCUAUGGUGCUCUCUUUUCUGCACUCUGCCGCUACAGCCAGGAAUCUGUCAAUCGAAUCAGAGUUCGAGAGACUGGGGGAUUGUCUCUCUUCGUGGACGUGCUGGCAAGCAAGGACAAGAAGGACAUGUGGCAGUGUACCACCUGUGCUAUCCUGCAGUUCCGGUACGACGAGCCCAGCUUGGAAAAGCUCUGGGACCUUAACUUAGCUUCGACUGUCCUCGACCACCUCGAAAGUUACAUAGAGGAGCAUAAGCAAGAGGAACAUACUUCUGUAGAGUGUGCCGGCCAAGCGACAGACACUGUGCAGGGGGACGGCAGUCAAGAUGCAACGAGUGCCAACAUCAAGGAUAGCGUAGGUCAGAAGAAAAGUGCUCCAGAAGUGAAGGAAGACAAAGCAGGAAAUGCAAAAAAGCAAGAGAACAACCGACAAGAUGACGUCAGUGACACCAAAGGGACUGUCAAUACUGAUGUACCAGUAAAUAACGUCGUAAAGGAGGACAAGUUGCAAGACUGCAAUCAGACAUGGCACACAGAAAGGGAGGAGGAUUUCACGGAUAACUCCAGCACCAGAAAAUCAGAGGCAAUUGAUUUUGACGAAGAUGACCCUGAGCUGGAAGCAAAUAUGGGCAAGGUGGGCAGCAAGGUCUUUUGUGUUCACAGUCCUAGUUACCAGGAGAUCCAGAAUGAGAAUGCAGCUCAGCACUUUGAAGUGAACUCAACUGACUCUGGCUACAAGAGCUACCAGUGCAGCCCAAACUCUCCGGACUACUACUGCCUGCCAGUGUCUCCCAGAACAGCAGCAAGAAGUCCUCGCUCUCCGGACAGCGGGGUGUGGUCCUCGUGCAGUUCUCCACGAUGCGAGUCUCCGGUGUCCGUGGCAUCCCCUGAACCCUUCCGCUGCUUCUCUCCGGUCUGUUCGGAUGAUGAGGACCAAGAAGAGAACCUCCCAGACCACGUGAAGAGCAUUGUCCUUGAAGCUGCUUCACUGAAACCUGUGCGGUCCAACUUCAUAAAACGUAAAAAAUCUUUCUUCAGUUGCUUGCUGAGCGAAGACCAAGAAGCUGCCAAAGCGGUUUCCUGCAGAAGCUCCGAUGGUCGUCAAAGUCCGCCUCCUCUGCCUGCUGCCAAGCGACGAAGACGGUCUUCUUUUAAGAAUCUGUCAUUCUGUUUGAGUGACCCUCAAGGAAUUUUGCUUGAAACAAUGCUUAGAAUCCUUUCUGUGUUUUCUUACCUGGAAAAGCUGAACUAUGAGGGUAUAGCUCCCAGGCUUUUUCGCGGACUACUGCGCUACAUGCUUUUGAUGCCAAAACCAAUGCAUCGUGCUGGACAAGUCCUAUUACGGGUGGUCUCUAAUGUGCACUCUUUUGAGAGCAUUGCCUGUGCUGGGAGUAUUGUGGAACUUGCUAAGCUAGUGAAGAGUUCAAAAGCCUGUCGUGUGGACCACUGCAAACGCUGUGUUCCAUUCCUGGACUUUGCAAAGAGUCUCCUGGCUACCCUCAUCAGUGUGGCAGAGUCUGGAUUUGGGAGUGGAGUUCUGGCUCACUGCCUGCUUACCUGCGAGAGGAAAGCUCAGCAGCACUGCUGCCUCACCAUUCCAUAUAUCGUCCGCAACAAGCUUAUCCUGCGGCAGCUCCUGUUAGAAUGCACCGGGCUGGAGCUUCUGCUCGAUAUGCUGGAAGGGAACAAGGACUGCAGGGCCCUUUUCAGCGACGCUGCAGCCAGCCUCCAAGCACUCUGCACCUCUAUAGCAGCCCCCAAAGCAAAAAGGAACACGGAAACAAGCGAGAAACCUGACCUUGUGAAUACCUCAAGUUGCUUUCUCGGGAAAUUUACGACUGACGUGCAGUUCCGCAUGGAAGAUGGCUCCGUGGUCGAGGGAAACCGCGACCAACUUAGCGAGACCAACGAUUACUUUCGAAGGAUGCUCAGUGGGCACUUCCAGGAGAGCAACCAGAGCAUUGUGGCAUUCCAUUGCACACGCAAGACUCCUCUCAGCGUCGUGGUACACUUUCUUCACGGGUGCAGCUUUGGGAGCUGUCCUUUUCUGAAAGCGGAAACAACGGUUAGGGUAGACCUCGAAGUCUUAGGACUGUGCGACCUCUUGUUGCUUCCGGAACUGCAAAGAAUGACAGAAACGAGGGUGAAACAGUGUGUGAAGUUGGAACAUGUUUGUGACGCGUAUACCAAGGCAUUGGAACUUGGGAUGGAGGACCUGCGAAUGGCCGUUUUGUGGUAUGCUCUCACGGAAAAGUGUGACGAAGAAACGUGGAACAGGUGUCUUCAUGACCUGGUCUUUGGUCCGCACGGCGGUCAGGUGCUGGAUGACGUGGCUAGUUUGGUCCGACGGAACUCGUAUUCUUGUGUGGUAGCGGACUCGGCCAUGGAAUCCUGUCUGUGAUAUAAGAAUGCAUUUGCGUACUGUCAGCAGCAAAAGUUUGCGGGGCACGGGAGCGCCAGCCAAAAUGACUGACCGCGCCUUGUGACGGCGCGUUGUCGCGCUCAAGGCUCACGCCUUGCGCAUGCGCCUCCUUUCGUGUUCGCAGCCAUGUUUUUUUCGCUCGCUUCCGUUUGCCGCCGACGAGAUAACGGACUGGCGCUAGGCGCCGCGAAACGUUAUUCAGCAUGCGAGCUCCGUCACCCAUCACGGUGGUUGAGGCAGACGCGCGGCAUGACUUGACAAAGUGGCACCUUGCGCCGGUCCCGGUUAUCUUGUUCGCGUCAGACGAAAGCGAGUAAAAAAGACACGACUGCGAGCACGAAAGGAAGCGCAUUCUCGAAGCGUGAAUCUUGAGAGCGGCCGCGCGCCGUCAGAAGGCGCAACCAGUCAUUUCGGCUGGCGCUCCCGCGUUCCGUAAACUUUUGCUGCCGACUCCACAUGAACAGUGCAUAUGCCGCUUGUGUUUCCAAGAGCCACUUGUAUUUUUUUCUGCUUUAUAUAAAUUCACUAUGCAUUGCUGGGGGAAACAAACGACCUCCCCCAAGGUAAUGCAAGAAGGAAUGGUAAAGUGUGAAUGCCAAGGUUAAGCAGAAUGAGGUAUGUCAUCCUCCGAUCGAAUAUUUUUAAGGUUAUUCCUAUGCAGAUAAUGUCAUAGCCUAAAAUUUGCAUGUUUUAUUGUCGCUGCUAGCAUUACUUCGAAGGUUUCACUUUCAGCAAUGCAUAGAUAUUUUUCUGUCACGCAAAAAAUCUUGCGAUGUUGGUUUGGGGCACACGACGCAACUGCACUGUUGGUAUGCUCCGCUGUCGAAUGUUACAGUCGAGCAUCUAAAUAAAGGAUGCCACCUGUGUAGGUGACUCGAAA